CCCAUUCCAUACGCGCUACGCGAGCGAGUGUCACUCGAGCUAGACCGUUUAGUUUCUGUGGGCGUGCUGUCGCCGGUGGCACACUCUGAAUGGGCAACGCCCAUAGUCGUAGUGCUUAAGAAAGACGGCGCAGUAAGAAUCUGCGGGGAUUUCAAGGCCACAGUAAAUCCAGCGUGUGCAACUGAGCAAUACCCAUUGCCAAUCAUUGAGGAUAUGUUUGCCCGAUUACACGAUGGGGACUAUUUCAGCACUCUGGAUUUACGGGAUGCAUACAAUCAAGUGGCGCUAGACGAUAACGCGAAGAAAGUUUGCGUCAUUAAUACGCCAAAAGGGCUAUUUUGCUACAAUCGACUUCCUUUCGGUAUAGCCUCAGCGCCCGCAAUAUUCCAAAGGAAAAUGGAUGAGGUAUUGGCUGGCCUUCCAGGAGCACAGGCUUAUCUUGACGAUGUGCUCAUUUCCGAAAAAGCGAGUGACGGCGGCGAAAGGCUGAAAAACGUCUUACAGCGCUUCCGAGAGCGCGGUGUAAAGCUAAGGUUCGAUAAAUGCAACUUGCGCAGCCCAGCAGUAACUUAUCUAGGCCAUCGGAUCGAUCGUGAUGGGCUUCAUCCGACAGAAAAAAACCUUGACGCUAUCAUGAAGGCACCGAGCCCCUGUAAUGUCAGUGAGCUACGUUCAUUCUUGGGCAUGAUUACUUUUUACGCGCGGUUUCUGCCGAACAUGUCAACCACACUUGGCCCAUUGUAUCAACUGCUUGAAAAGAACGCACGCUGGCAAUGGAAACAGCCGCAAGAGCACGCGUUUGAUCUUGCCAAGCAAAGCCUUAAAACAGCCAAGGUUCUAGUUCAUUUCGACCCUUCGAAGGAACUUAAACUGGAGUGUGACGCGUCUCCGUACGGUGUGGGAGCUGUCUUGUUUCACACGACCGGUAACGUUCACAGGCCCAUUGGGUUCCGCUCGCGAACAUUAACGCAGGCGGAGCGCAACUAUUCGCAGCUCGAGCGAGAGGCACUGGCACUGGUAUUCGGCGUCACGAAAUUCCGUGACUACCUUCUAGGUCGGGAAUUUACCUUAGUGACUGACCACCAGCCAUUGUUGGGCCUGCUGAAAUCGGACAAGCAGACGCCUACAAUGGCCGCCGCACGGAUACAACGUUGGGCACUCCACCUGGGGGCCUACCGCUACCGGCUACAGUAUGCACCAGGACGACAGAUGCUGAACGCUGACGCCCUCAGCCGACUUCCGCAAAGAUCUCCGGAAUCUGACGAUGACGGUGAGCCGCCCGAAUAUGUGCUGUCGCUAAACCAGCUGAACAAUGGCACCAUAACAACGCGUGAGCUGAAAGCAUUAACGGCUUUUGACCCUGUCCUGGUCGAGGUCAAACGGUACAUAUUACAUGGGUGGCCCAGAAACGCAAACGGAAUGGCCCGGGCCGUACUGCCGUUUUUUGACCGCAAGCUCGAAUUAUCCGUAGCACAUGAACUGGUGUACUGGGGUAAUAGGGUCAUAAUACCGACCGAAGCUAGGGAGCGAGUGCUGCAUCUUCUACAUGAAACGCACCAGGGUUCACCGGCAAUGAAAUCUGUCGCUCGUUCUUUGUUCUGGUGGCCAGGCCUCGACAAAAAUAUUGAAGACGUGUCUGCACAAUGCCAGUUCUGUGUGCAAAAUCUGCCGAUGCCAACUGCAGCUCCCGUCGUUAACUGGCCUGAAACAGGCGAAAGGUGGUCCCGUAUUCACAUGGACUACGCGGGUCCGAUCUGCGGAAAAAUGAUACUCGUACUAGUCGAUGCACACACCAAAUGGCUCGAAGCAAUACCUUUGUCACAUGCCUCAACGCAGACUACCAUUGACUGUCUGCGUGGCAUUUUCAGCAGGUUUGGAAUACCGCGCACGAUCGUUUCUGACAACGGGACCCCAUUUGCCAGUCAAGACUUCGCGUUGUUCGUGGCAAACAACAACAUUGUGCACCUUCGAUGCGCUCCAUACCAUCCCCAGUCUAAUGGUGCGGCGGAAAGGGCAGUACGAACGAUAAAAGAUGGUCUUCGAAAAAUGACGAAAGGAAAACUUGAAGAGAACCUAGUACGGUUGCUUUUUAACUACCGGAGGACUCCGCAAAAAUCGGCACUUGCAGGACCAAAAGAGGACCAAGAUGACUGGCUGCCGCUACCUGCAAGUGAAGUGUAUGCCCGCAAUUACGGUGUGGGGAGCAAGUGGACGCCCGGUCAUGUGAAGGCGACGUCGGGAGCGAGAAUGGUGACCGUGGAAACAUCGGACGGAGUCAUCCAGCGGCACGUGGACCAGGUCCGCCCGCGACAGGAAGUACCAGGGGACAAACCGACAGUAACUACAACCACCACACAUCGCAGUGAGCCGGACCAAGCAACACAACUACAGCAUCCAGAAACGGUGAAUCUGGAUGAAGGCAUAACUGCUCGGCGCAUUCUAAAUGGCACCCGUUCUCCAGACUUUGCGGCACCAGAUAUUCCAGUGGCCCCGUUGCAUACAGGUGUCGCCCAACAAACGCUGAGACGCUCAACGAGAGAACGCAAGCCAGUGCAACGCUUUCAUUUCUGAGGAGGAAGGAAUGUUGCAACUUUACGCAUUUUCGAAGUGCGCGCACCUUUAUCGCCUUAUCUGGCGAUCCUUCGAGUUCGGAUUAUCACUGCUAACACGUGCUCCUUUCUAUCUUCCUGCCACUCGGCUACUUAUAAAUACGCUCUACACCUUUGAAUAAACGUUCAUUUUGUUCUACUGAC